AUGGGAAGCACCAAUCCGUCGACGCCCGCUUCGCGCAAGUCAAGCAUCUCCGGCAUCCAGACACGCUCUGAUGGCUGCCCAUUCAGCCCUGGUAUCGUCUUCGAGCGAAGUGCUUCCGUCUCGCCUCGUAGCGAUGACGACUUGAUCUUCGUUGCCGUGAGAGUGGCGAGCAAGUUCCAGCAGGAGGUCAAGGAUGGGCGCGAUGAGUUGCCAAGCAGGCAAGACCACCGACAAACGCCGCCAAAGCGUUCCCUGUUCAAACGCUGGGCCACGCGUUUCGCCAGCGUCCAGGACGACUGCGAAUACAAAGCGAUCAAGAUUCCGCGACAUGUUUACAAGCAACAUUUUGCCCGCGAUGCUGAGAGGAACUACGUGGGCACUGAGCCGGAGCGCGAUUGGACUGAGGAGGACCUCAUGCGCGAGUUCGGGUUCUACCAGGAUGUGCCAUUGGGAGCUAUGCAUUGUUGA